AUGGCUGGAGUUUCGUAUCCAGGAAACAGGGCAGGCCAGGAGAGCAGGGAAGCAGGCCAGAUGGGUCAGGGGCAGGCUAAGAGGGAGGAGGGCUCACCAGGGGGGCAGGCUAAGGCUCGCAAGGGGGCAGGCCAGGGGAUGAGGGGGGCAGAUGAGGGGGUGGAGCAGCAGCCCCUGGCGGCGCUGGCAGUGGCGCAUCAAGGGCGGAGCCACUCGCUGGUUGCUUUUCUUGUGCUCGUUGCAGUCUCCGGGAUAACCCGAGGCGAGGAGUUUUGCGUCCAGAGGAGUGUCGCGAAGGUUCAGGGUUUAAGUCUUUGGCCGGUGAAUGGGUUUUACACAACUAAUAUUCAAGAUCCAGGGUUUAGGGCUCCUGUCGCCAAUUCUUCUUCUCCUCUCCUAUCGAUCCCCUUCCCCCCUCUCUCCGUGUCCCUCCAUCCCCGUCGUCACGAGCCACUGUGCUACCCGUACACCCUCCCUCCCUUCCCCAAGCGGGCGGACGUGCUGGCGGCCAAGAGAGCUCUAUCUAUCCGUUCAUCCCUUCUAUCCGUUCAUCCCUUCUAUCCGUUCAUCCCUUCUACCCGUUCAUCCCUUCUACCCGUUCAUCCCUUCUACCCGUUCAUCCCUUCUACCCGUUCAUCCCUUCUACCCGUUCAUCCCUUCUACGCGUUCAUCCCUUCUACCCCCGUUCAUCCCUUCUACCCGUUCAUCCCUUCUACCCGUUCAUCCCUUCUACCCGUUCAUCCCUUCUACCCGUUCAUCCCUUCUACCCGUUCAUCCCUUCUACCCGUUCAUCCCUUCUACCCGUUCAUCCCUUCUACCCCCGUUCAUCCCUUCUACCCGUUCAUCCCUUCUACCCGUUCAUCCCUUCUACCCGUUCAUCCCUUCUACCCGUUCAUCCCUUCUACCCGUUCAUCCCUUCUACCCGUUCAUCCCUUCUACCCGUUCAUCCCUUCUACCCGUUCAUCCCUUCUACCCGUUCAUCCCUUCUACCCCGUUCAUCCCUUCUACCCGUUCAUCCCUUCUACCCGUUCAUCCCUUCUACCCGUUCAUCCCUUCUACCCGUUCAUCCCUUCUACCCGUUCAUCCCUUCUACCCGUUCAUCCCUUCUACCCGUUCAUCCCUUCUACCCGUUCAUCCCUUCUACCCGUUCAUCCCUUCUACCCCCGUUCAUCCCUUCUACCCGUUCAUCCCUUCUACCCGUUCAUCCCUUCUACCCGUUCAUCCCUUCUACCCGUUCAUCCCUUCUACCUGUUCAUCCCUUCUACCCGUUCAUCCCUUCUACCCGUUCAUCCCUUCUACCCGUUCAUCCCUUCUACCCGUUCAAUCCCUUCUACCCGUUCAUCCCUUCUACCCCCGUUCAUCCCUUCUACCCGUUCAUCCCUUCUACCCGUUCAUCCCUUCUACCCGUUCAUCCCUUCUACCCGUUCAUCCCUUCUACCCGUUCAUCCCUUCUACCCGUUCAUCCCUUCUACCCGUUCAUCCCUUCUACCCGUUCAUCCCUUCUACCCGUUCAUCCCUUCUACGCGUUCAUCCCUUCUACCCCGUUCAUCCCUUCUACCCGUUCAUCCCUUCUACCGUCCCGUUCAUCCCUUCUACCCGUUCAUCCCUUCUACCCGUUCAUCCCUUCUACCCGUUCAUCCCUUCUACGCGUUCAUCCCUUCUACCCGUUCAUCCCUUCUACCCGUUCAUCCCUUCUACCCGUUCAUCCCUUCUACCCCCGUUCAUCCCUUCUACCCGUUCAUCCCUUCUACCCGUUCAUCCCUUCUACCCGUUCAUCCCUUCUACCCGUUCAUCCCUUCUCCCCAUUCAUCCUUUCUACCCGUUCAUCCCUUCUACCCGUUCAUCCCUUCUACCCGUUCAUCCCUUCUACCCGUUCAUCCCUUCUACCCGUUCAUCCCUUCUACCCGUUCAUCCCUUCUACCCGUUCAUCCCUUCUACCCCCGUUCAUCCCUUCUACCCGUUCAUCCCUUCUACCCGUUCAUCCCUUCUACCCGUUCAUCCCUUCUACCCGUUCAUCCCUUCUACCUGUUCAUCCUUUCUACCCAUUCAUCCCUUCUCCCCGUUCAUCCCUUCUACCCGUUCAUCCCUUCUACCCGUUCAUCCCUUCUACCCGUUCAUCCCUUCUACCCGUUCAUCCCUUCUACCCCCGUUCAUCCCUUCUACCCGUUCAUCCCUUCUACCCGUUCAUCCCUUCUACCCGUUCAUCCCUUCUACCCGUUCAUCUCUUCUACCCGUUCAUCCCUUCUACCCGUUCAUCCCUUCUACCCGUUCAUCCCUUCUACCCGUUCAUCCCUUCUACCCGUUCAUCCCUUCUACCCGUUCAUCCCUUCUACCCGUUCAUCCCUUCUACCCGUUCAUCCCUUCUACCCGUUCAUCCCUUCUACGCGUUCAUCCCUUCUACCCGUUCAUCCCUUCUACCCGUUCAUCCCUUCUACCCGUUCAUCCCUUCUACCCGUUCAUCCCUUCUACCCCCGUUCAUCCCUUCUACCCGUUCAUCCCUUCUACCCGUUCAUCCCUUCUACCCGUUCAUCCCUUCUACCCGUUCAUCCCUUCUACCCCCGCAUCCCUUCUACCCGUUCAUCCCUUCUACCCGUUCAUCCCUUCUACCCGUUCAUCCCUUCUACCCGUUCAUCCCUUCUACCCGUUCAUCCCUUCUACCCGUUCAUCCCUUCUACCCGUUCAUCCCUUCUACCCGUUCAUCCCUUCUACCCGUUCAUCCCUUCUACCCGUUCAUCCCUUCUACCCGUUCAUCCCUUCUACCCGUUCAUCCCUUCUACCCGUUCAUCCCUUCUACCCGUUCAUCCCUUCUACCCGUUCAUCCCUUCUACCCGUUCAUCCCUUCUACCCGUUCAUCCCUUCUACCCGUUCAUCCCUUCUACCCGUUCAUCCCUUCUACCCGUUCAUCCCUUCUACCCGUUCAUCCCUUCUACCCGUUCAUCCCUUCUACCCGUUCAUCCCUUCUCCCCAUUCAUCCUUUCUACCCAUUCAUCCCUUCUCCCCAUUCAUCCCUUCUCCCCCCCUCCCUCCCAACCCCUCCCCCCCCCCCCCCACCAUCCCCUGUCGUCUCCCUCGCAGCUGCGGGACAGCAAGCGGGCAAGUGUGCUGGCGGCCAAGCGGGCACUCUCUGCUUCCUCCACGCCGCCCCGCGUCGUGCUGCUGAUUGGUUUAUCUCGCCAGGUGGACGUGGCUCACCUGGCAGAUACGUUCGUUGAGGCAUGCGCUGCUUCAGGUGCCACUCAGUCUGCAGGCGCCCAAGCAGCAGCAGGGCAGGGAAUGGAGGUGGAAGGGGGCCAUGUGGAGGGCAGUGUGAAGGCUCAGGGAGUGGGGGGGGUGCGCCUGGUGGCUCUGUCCAAGCUCAGGGCGCGCUUUGCUGUCGUGCCGUGUCCUCCAGGGGAUCUUCUGCGAUGCCUCGAGCUCAUCAAGAUCGCAGACGUGGUAAUCUUCGCAUCUACAAUCGCCCCCAUCGACCCCCUCCCUCCCACCACUCCGUCAGCCCUCUCCACCUCCUCGCUCCACACCCAUGCCACCUCACACUCCCACACUCACUCCCUGCGCACCACUACCACCAACAAAUCCUCUGCCUCCGCCUCCUCCCCUUCGUCUGCGGCCUACAUUGACGACUGGGGCCGCUCAGCCCUCUCUGUGGCCCGGGCGCAGGGCCUGCCACUCCAGGUCGCCCUCGCUUCCAGCCUCUCCUCUCCGGCUUUUGCUGCCUCCUCCUCUUCCCUCGCCGCCUCCUCGCUUGCUCCAUCCUCCUCUGCAUCUGCUCUUUUUAGAGAUUCGAUGCUCCCGUUGAGUCAGCAGCAGCAGCAGGGCCAGCAGAAGGCAGGGGGUGGGGAGGGGAAGAGGCACGGGGAGCAGAGGAAGGGCGCUCUGGCGGUGCUGGGAGGGGAGUUUCCUAAAGGCACUUGCCAUGUGUUUGGAGUCGACUCUCUUACUGAGAUGGCACCGGUGGUGCGGCACAUAGCGGAGCAUCGUCCCGUCACUCCUGGCUGGCGCACUCACCGCCCGUACCUCGUGGCACACAAUUUUGACUUUAUCCCCGGCGCAGCCGACACAGGCGCUGCAGCAGCCACUGGCACGUUGCGAGUGGUGGGCUACGUGCGUGGCCACGGGAUCAACGUGAACCAGCUGGUGAGGAGAGUCAGUGCUUGCCAUGUAGAAGAGCAGCAGCAGGAGGGGAUGUCUUAG